GGACAAGAGCUCGCAUUUCAAAUCAAACUUGAAAAUAAUACUGCAGGUCUAAAAAAUGCGAAACUUUACGGUAGUCCUAAGCUAAAAAGACUUAUAUUUGGUCAUGAAAAGGCUUUGCAACAACGUCUCGAACAAUGUGCAAGCUUUUCAGAGUUUUUCGUUGAUCUCAAAGAUUUACUUGUUAAUUACAAAGAACUUUUAAUGACUAAAGAGAAGACUGAUCCUUCACCGGGUGAAAAUUAUUAUUCUACUUUGAUAAAUGAGCUUAAUUCGAUAGGGUGGGACAAACUAGAGGCAUUCAAUCCCUCUCUAAAAAAUUUAUCAUUGAAGUUGAAUGAUUCAUCUGGUCGUCAACAUAGUAUCUUUGUGUCUUUACCAUUUUCAUAUCCUCAAACUCCCCUCAUCGUACAUGCUGAGCUUCCAACUUCUUCGUCCACAACAUCAAACCAUAUGACAAGUCUUAAAGAUGUCGUGUCAUUCUACUCUAAAGAAUUAGAAAAGUUUCAAGAUGUUUGGUCAGUGCUCGAUGAUAUCGACGCACAUACUUGGGUUUUGGAACCAUGCAAACCUAAACGGAAUGACUUGAUGCGUAGAAUUGCUUUGGGCAAUCAUUGCUCUAUACAAAUCGAAUUGGACGCUUCUUGUCCAAAAGGAGAAUGUCAAUAUCGAUUGUUUGGUACGGAAAGUUUGAUCUCUCCAAUACGCGAAAAGAUAAUAAAAAAUUGGAAUAAUUGGUUGCAAAACUUUGAGAACAUCCUAGAAAUAACUUUUCCUUCAGCACAAACUAUUUCAACUUCGGAUAUCAAUAUCGAAUGCGGAAUUUGUUAUUCAUAUCGUAAUGAAGGUUCUUUACCUGAUCAAUCUUGUAACAAUGCAAAGUGUGGCCAACCUUUUCAUCGUUCUUGUCUAUACGAAUGGUUGCGGUCUAUUCCAACAACAAAACAAAGUUUCAAUACAUUGUUCGGGAAUUGUCCUUAUUGCAAUGAU